GACAUCACUCUCCAUUCUUCCUCCCCAAAAGAAAGCACCCAACAAUCUCCCGCCUAUCCCAGCUUCUUCCUCCGUAACCCCAACCAAUCUUCAUGUCGCCCCCUCCAAGAAUCCUCCUUUGCGGCGACCCCCUCGGCCACCUCAACCAACUUUUCAAACGAGUCCAAUCGGUGAACAAAUCGAGCGGGCCGUUCGAUGCCCUUCUCUGCGUCGGCCAGUUUUUUCCUGAGUCCGAUGAAGGGAUCGACGAGGUCGCUGAUUAUGUCGAAGGCCGAUGCUCCGUUCCAAUUCCUACUUAUUUCACCGGCGAUUACGGCGCUGGAGCUGCUCGAUUUCUAUCGAAAGCUUCUAAUCUUGGGUUUAAGACUGAUGGGAUUGAGGUUUGUGCUAAUCUCUACUGGUUGAAGGGCAGCGGCAAGUUCUCUCUUCAUGGGUUGUCGAUGGUUUAUUUAUCUGGACGGAAGUACCCAGAUGCUGGUGGGAGGGGUAGGUACAGUGAGGACGAUGUUGAUGCUUUGCGAGCUCUGAUUGAUGAGUCAGGAAUAGUUGAUAUUUUCAUGACUAAUGAAUGGCCAAGUGGGGUUUCAGAAGGAGCUGAUACAACUGAUGCUCUACCAGCAGUCUCCGACCCUUGGGGCAGUGACCCUGUGGUCGCAGAGUUGGCUGCAGAACUCAAACCUAGGUAUCACGUUGCAGGUUCCAAAGGAAUAUUUUAUGCACGUCAGCCUUACUCUAACACUGACUCUGUACAUGUCACCCGAUUUCUUGGGUUGGCUGCUGUUGGGAACAAAGAUAAACAGAAAUUUAUUCAUGCCAUUUCUCCUAUUCCUGCGUCGACCAUGUCAGCUGCAGAGUUACAAUCAAAACCAUUGCACACAACUUCGUCACCAUAUAUGAUUGCAGCAAAGCCAGAGCGUACAGGAGAAGCAACCAAGCGACCUGCUAAUAGUGAUAUCGAUGUACAAUAUUGGCGCUAUGAUGUUUCCCGAAAGCGGCAAAGGCAGGGAGGGCCCGAACGAUUGUGCUUUACAUUUACAUCUACAGGAUCUUGUUCUCUAGGAGAAAAGUGCAACUUUCGACAUGAUACAGAUGCAAGGGAGCAAUAUUUGCGAAAUGUUUGUUUUGACUUUCUUAACAAAGGAAAAUGUGAACGGGGUCCAGAUUGCAGAUUUACUCACAAUGUUGUCGAUGAAGGAGUUAUACCUCAGAGGACCAGAACUAAUGGUGGCAGGAAGAGCUCAGGGAAAAAUUGUUGGUUCUGCUUGUCAAGCCCUGAUGUAGAGUCACAUCUCAUACUGAGCCUUGGAGAAACCUACUACUGUGCACUAGCUAAGGGUCCACUCGUUCAGGACCAUGUCCUGCUGAUACCAAUUGAGCACCACCCUGAUACUCUUACUAUGCCUUCAGAAGCUGAGAAAGAACUUGGGAUAUACAAAAAUGCUUUGAGUACAUACUUCAAGAACCAGGGAAAGGCUGUUGUUUUCUUUGAGUGGAUCUUUCAAGGUAUCCCUCAUGCAAAUCUUCAGGGUGUUCCCAUUCCAUUGUCUAAAGCAUCUAGAACACUCUUUGCUUUUAAUUUUGCUGCCAAGCAGUUGGAAUUUGAGUUUACAGUGCUGUCAAAGAGCAGUGACAACACUGAAGGAAGAAAUUUACUGAGGUCUCAGUUUGAUGGGAAAUCAAAUUUAUUUUAUGCUGAACUCCCUGAUGGUACCAUAUUGUCAUAUGCUACUGAUGACAAAAAUAAGUUACACGUCCAGUUUGGACGAGAGGUGCUAGCAGGGCUUCUUAAAUUGACUGACAGAGAUAAUUGGAAAAAAUGUGUAAGCAAGGAAGAUGAAACAAAGAUGGCAGAAAAUUUCAAGAAAGGUUUUCAAGAAUUUGAUCCGGCCAGGUGAUGCCUUCAAUCCUCAGCCCCUCCUCAACUGUAUAAUUAGAGAACGUUACCCUCAUGUCACUGAGACUAGGGGCCUAAAUAGAGAGAGAUUACCGGUUAGGAGAAAUCCUUUGUUUUUUGCUAUUUCUGUAGAGUUGUAGAUUGGUGUUUCCAUUUUGUGAAAAUUCAAACGUCCUCUUGCCUAUAUUCAGUUGUAGUUAAUAGCCCAGUCUCCUUGUCAGUUAUAACAACUUUUUAAGCAAACAUGGUUAAUAUGCAAGGAUUGAAUGGUAUGGUUUGUGGUUAUUGGAGAUAUGUAGACACUAAAACAGGAAACCAUACUUCCAUUGGCGACAGAGUUCACUGUUUGCAUGGCUAACA